AAACAUUUAAUAUUUGGAAGAAUCUAUGUCUUCCUCUCCAUUGAUACAAAUCUUAUCCAUGGGAGCAAAAGUACAGACUGGGAUCCAUGUGUCUGGUCUGGUCUUGGAUCCACCAUUCACUCAACCCUACUACUUCUCAGACAAGGUGUGGGAGAAAAAGGUAGUGACAAAAUCUCUUUGUCUAGCAAUCUAGCAACAUAACUUUUUCUCCUUUGAAAGAGAGAAAGCAUAUGUAUUAUUAUCACGUAAACACCAAAACCCAACUCUCCGCUCAUGAUUUUGUAUUUCUUGCACUAGACUACUCUUUCACUCUCACAAGCAACAGAGAGCCUCACCUUAGUUGAGUUGUCACUACUCUCAGAUGAUGUUAUCACAGCGUCCACCAAAUGGAAAUGUUCUGUGAUUCAGAUCCUUACUGUGAUCUUGUGCACCAGAAAGUAAUAUCUAUGUGGUCAGGUCCCCAUCCCUAGCACUCUGUGAUAUCAAACCAAGAAGGCCACAAACUGAAUCUUGAUGGGUUCUUCUUGUCUUCUGUCUCUAUCCUGUCUGCAAAUAUGUCCAUUUCUCCUUGACUCUUCUGACACUUUCAGUCUCACCUUCAGGCUAUAAAAUCCUUAUCAAAGAGCUCUACUUCUCAACCCACUUCCUUUUAUAUGCACUUGUAGAUACAUUAAGAAAGCAACAAUGGACCAAAACACACCUGCAGAAUUUUCUCAUGGGUCUUCAAACUUUCAUACAUAUUACUCCCAGACCAAGAAGGGUGGUGGUGGCGUAAUUGAUCUAGGCCUCAGCCUUAGGACCAUUCAACAUGAAACUUACCUCCCAUCUACUCCAAUGAUAGGUCUGGACGGGUAUGGUGAGCUUAUAGACUGGUCGCAACGACCCUAUACACAGCUGAAGAGUGAGGAACCGGUAGACCAAAGACUUGCCCAACGAUAUUACAAUGAUGGAGAAGAGGGCAGAGGAAAAUUGGCUUAUUAUGUGAAGGUAAAUAUGGAUGGCUCAGUCGUUGGCCGCAAGGUUUGCAUUCUUAACCAAGGAACCUACUCAACUCUUGCUCUCCAGCUUGACAAUAUGUUCGGGAUGCAGACCGUGUCGGGACUGAAGUUGUUCCAGGAUGAGUCUGAGUUCUCUUUGGUCUACAGAGACAGAGAAGGUAUCUGGAGGAACGUUGGAGAUGUUCCAUGGAAGGAGUUUGUUGCAAGUGUGAAUCGGAUGAGAAUCGCAAGAAGAGACGAUGCUCUUCUUCCCUACUAAAGCCUUUGAAGUCAAAGCCUAUCUUUUAUCCAAAUGAGCUCUCACAUCACUUGUGAUUCUAGUUUUCAACAUCUGAUGUAACAGAAGCUUUUUAAUUAUAAAGAGAGUGACAUCUUAAUAACUAC